ACUCGCUGCUGCCGAAAGAAAACAUGGCGCUCGAGGAACCUAAUGGAGAUUUUCCAUAUUUACCUUCAGGGGCGGUGGAGGUAAACAGGAUGAUAAAGGAGAAUGGUGACCUGUUUUCUGAUGCCCUGUGCAAAGUCUGCAGUGCUGUCCUGAAUUCUGACUCACAGAAACUUGCACAUUAUCAGAGCAAAAAGCAUGCCAACAAAGUGAGACGCUACAUGAGCAUCCACAAAGAAGAGGAGCCCACCAUCAAAAGGUUCAAGUUGCCUUCGGGAGACAGCGCCAACAGUAAUGAAGAGACGGAUCGCUCCAAAGCCUGUCUUAUAUGUAAUAUGACAUUUUCCUCUCCGGUGGUGGCUGAGUCCCACUACCAGGGCAAGGUGCACACCAAGAACCUGAGACUGAAGACUUUUGGCCACCAGCCCCCAGUAGCACUACCUCAGGCCUUGGCCCCAGUAGUGAAGAAGAAAAAGACUCAGUCAGAGGAGGCGAGCAGCGUGGCAUCGUCAGGCCCGGCCGAGGACGACCAGGACCACUUCUGUUCCAUCUGCCACGCCUCAUUCAACAACCCCCUCAUGGCCAAGCAGCACUACGAAGGCAAGAAGCAUAAAAAACAGCUGACCCAGCAGAAGCUGAUGGAGACCUAUGGGCCGUCCACAGCACCAGCUUCCACAGUAAAGGGCUAUCCAUGCACUGUGUGCAACAUUGAACUCAACUCUGUGGAACAGUAUCAAGCUCACAUCAGCGGCUCCAAACAUAAGAACCAUGUCAGAGGGAAGAAAGGGAGCAACCCAACAUUUGUCAGCCCCUCUGAAAACCAGUACACAGCAGAAAACCAGCAGUCUGAGUACCGUUAUAAGCCUGAAGCCGAACCAGUCCAGGAGGACUGGGGCGCUUUCAACCAGGACUACGAGUGAAGAGACUCCCAGUACCCCCCACCUCUCCAACUACCACAGUUCACCAGCUACUGGUGUCCCUCAGUUAGGGCCAGGAGGAUUUCCUGACCACAUCACCCGACCAGGAAAAACUCUCUUUGUUACAGGCUACAACUAGGCCACAGAGUUUUCCCUGUUCAUGUCACAUGGUCAUGUAAAAUCCCUGGAAAGAGAGUGUGUCCUCCCUGCUUCUCUCUGUGGUGUCGUAUCUGCCUCAUAGGUGAAUCCUAUCUAUCUACUCCAGUUCUACUUCAUUCUAUCUGUACUCAGAGACGGUCAGUCUCCCAGUACAUGUGUUGGUUGUGUUCUCAGUCGGUCAGACCAGAGAGGUAUAGAGACACCUGGACAUGUUGUCUAUCAUUCCUGUUCAAAAUGUCAUAUUUCAAAUUCCGACAUAAUACAGUACAAUGAUAUGACGUUGGUGUGAUGGACUUGCAGUAGUGUUCUGGUUCUAUGUGUUAUGGUUCUAUUUUUAUUUGGGCUCAUAAUCCUUGUUUUACCCCU